UCAAUCGUAUAGAAAAUCAUGUUAUAGUGUGCAAACAGUCUUUAAAUGUUCCUCAUUCUGCUUGAUGAACUUUAAAAGACUUUCUGUCUCGAGGUUUACAUUUGCAAUACAGUUCAACAUUGCAAGAUGAAGUUUCAUUCCAUUAAUGUACACAAAUAAAACUUCUGGCAAUGACACAUUUUGCAGGUCAGCAUGGCAGACAGGCCAAACCAGGGCUCGCCUGAUUCAUCGAAUUAUGAACAGAUUGCAUUUGCUGUGAUAAUGGUGAUUGUCGCUGUUAUUGUACAGAUCAUGUCCUUCAUGCACCUCUGGAUUCGUCCUACUGAACAAACCGUAACAGCGCAAGGCAAUACCAAAGGCUCUCGUGUGACGAUUGGGAAAUCCUCUUAUGUAAGCAAGCUAAAAAAGAGGAUGCAUAGGCCAAGGCCUAUCAACGUGGAAAUUAACAGUGCUACGAUCGGAAACGAAAACAUCACGGUUUUAGGCUCUGCAUCCCCGCCCCUUAUAGAAGGCAGAAAUAAAGAUCCAACAAGAAUAAUGCAGAACACAGUAUCUAUGUGGGAAAAGCAGGCAGGUGAUAUAUUUGUGACUAAUGGCUUAGAAAACGUUCGGGACGCAUCCAUGAAAAAAAACUUGCUGAUCAUCACGGGCCCCCAGGGUAGUGGGAAAUCAACAGCUCUACGAUAUGCAUCAGUGACUCUAAAAGAGAACGGAUAUAUUGUGUAUCCCUGCACUAAACCAUCAGAAAUAGUGUAUUAUUGGGACGACACGAAGAAACAAGUGUUUGUCAUAGACGAUCCUGUAGGUAGAGAAUGUGUCAGUCUAAUUAGUGUACAUAAGUUAGAGAAACACAAGGAGUCUAUCAAACACUGUAUUGAAGGUCACACAACAAAGGUCAUCUUGGCAGUUCGAUCGGAAAUCAUCAAUGAUAAAUUUGUGUCUAGUAGCAAAACUUUACUGACUUGGCGACAAAAUGAAGUAGAUUUGACUGAUGACGAGCAUACUCUUUCAGAACAAGAAAGGAAAGACAUGCUUUGGCACUAUCUGUCUAGAAAUGGUGUUCAUGGAAAAUUUUCACUCCAGAUGCCGAAUCUACACUGUUUUCCACUUCUUUGUCAUGCUUUCUGUAAAGUUGAACCAAUACGUCGAAAACCCAGCGGAAUUCUUUUCCUCGCCAUUUAGUGUAAUCAAAGAUACCUUCAUACGAAUGCGGGAACAGAAUCCUUCCCAUUUCUGCGCCCUAGCGUUAUGUGCUGUUUGUGAAAACAAAUUAUCCAACAGAGACCUCGGUCCUGAUUCGUCUA